UUAUAAAUUACAAAACAAACAUCACAAAAGGAUUCAAAGGAAUGGCUUUUCAAUGUUCAAUUUGCUUAAGUGCUAAUUUCAAUCAAUUCAAUACAAUUGAUUGUGGACAUACUUUACAAGCUGACUGCUUAAUGACACAACAAACUGAAAUCCAUUUGAAUUGCUUGGAAUCAAGAUUAGAGAGCUUGACACUAAGUAGACCAGAAGAAGGGCAAGCAAGACAACAAGAAGAUACAAAAUAUCAACAGGAACUCAAAAUAGCAAAAAUGGAAAUGAAAGCAACUUGUGAAAAUUUGGAAAAUAUUUUAACAUUGAACCUUGAUUCUCUGGACUGUCUAAAGAAUCUUAAGACACAACUGAUUCGUGAAUCAAACAUGGAAGUAGCAUCCGAAAUUGGAGAAAGAGUUUAUGGGAAUUUGCUGAGCUAUUUACGGAUGGAAAAUCCAAAUGCUUCUGAAGAUUUGUUGCCUCCUAAUGUGUUUGAAAUGAACGAACAUGCCAUUGAAAAUUACAUCGAAAGUUACAGGAACAUUAGGACAGCAUUUGCUGAAUUGAAGGAAAUUGAGCUUGAUUAAGGAAUAAUACAGUUAAAAUAAAAAGUUUUAUAAAAACAUG